GUUGCGAAGAUGAUCGAUCCAGCGGCUCCACGACCGGAAGGCCAGUUAAUGACUCCAGUUCGUGGUGACAGUGCGAGUGCUGCGACCCAAAAUCAUCCAAGAAGUCUGGAUAGCGCUCUUCAUCGAUAUGGCACUUCAACGCCGAAAAGUUUGGCGGGUAUGGUAUUGGAUCAAACUGGUCGGCCCAAUCAAAGUAUCACUUAUGGGAAGUUGUUGAGUCGCGCUAAUAAAGUCGCUUUUAUGUUGUUAAACAAAACGAUAUCUGGAGGAAAGGACAAUUCAAAGAUUCCAAUGUGUAAACCGGGUGACAGAGUGGCACUUAUUUAUCCGAAUACGGAGCCAUUAGCGUUUUUGGCGGCUUUCUAUGGCUGUAUUCUGGCUGGUGUGGUGCCAGUCCCUGUAGAAGUUCCUUUGACGAAGCGGGAUGCCGGAAUACAGCAACUGGGAUUUCUGUUGGGCUCCUGCGGAGUGAAAGUUGCCCUAACGUCGGAUACCUGUUAUAAAGGUCUCCCGAAGAGCACAUCAUCAAGCCAAUUCCCACGAAGCGCCCCAUCUGGGUCCAGCUCUUUGACAGGCGGUUCCCAAGAAGUAGUUGACUUGAAAUCAUGGCCUCGUCUAUACUGGGUUAUAACAGAGCAUCUGGGAAAACCUUCACGUGACUGGACAGCACCACCUCGAGUGGCUGACGAGAGCAUCGCCUACAUUGAAUAUUCCUGUGAUCGUGAAGGGGCUGUUAAGGGAGUAUGCAUUACAAGACAGGCUAUGCUUGCUCAUUGCCGAGCGAUCACUACCGCCAUGGAAUACAAGCAAGGAGAAACUAUGGUCUGCGUGUUAGAUUUCAAACGAGAAGUUGGUCUUUGGCAUGCAGUACUAGCAGCUGUUUUCAAUGGAAUGAGGGUGGUGUUCGUGCCUUACUCGCUGAUGAAAAUCAACCCGGCAAGUUGGAUGUUACAAGCAACAAGAUUUCGUUCUUAUACUUGCCGACUUUCCAUUGUAUGUGACGGAAUGUGUGAAAUGGAAUGCGCAGUUGCAACCUCCGUUGGAGACCAAAGGGCAGUAACGAAGGUCGGAGCUCUGCAUUCCAUAUCUCACUUCGGCAAACUCAAAAUAAAGGGCUUUGUUCAAAGCGACGGUGAAUUCCGUCGACUUUUUCAAGACGCUGGACAAGUGAUUCCCAGUGGCUCAGUUGUGGUAGUCAAACAAACAGGCCCUGCUCGCCUUUGCCGAGCAGAUGAGCUGGGAGAGAUCUGCCUUUGUGCUAACUCCACUGGAAAUGCCUAUUGGGGUCUGGAGGGUGUAUCAGCAGCCACUUUCAAGGUAAUUGAGCCAUUGGGCGCGGAUGAUAGGCCUCUUGGUCCUCGGCGGUAUGUUCGCAGUGGCCUAAUCGGUUUCAUGGGUCCGGACGGCCUUGUAUUCGUCGUUGGUCGGCGGACAGCUCAAUUGAGUGUUUCCGGACGUCAACACUCGGCCGACGAUAUAAUUGCAACGGUUCUGGCCGUUGAACCGAUGCGAUUUGUGUAUCGCGGACGGAUCGCUGUAUUCUCUGUGUCGGUUCUUCGCGACGAGCGGAUAGUGAUUGUGGCCGAACAGAAGCCUGGUGCUAGUGAGGAAGAUGCCUUCACAUGGAUGUCUCGGGUAUUGCAAGCUGUCGAUGCUAUUCAUCAAGUUGGCAUAUACUGCCUUGCACUCGUACCAUCGAAUCAAUUGCCCAAGACACCUCUCGGUGGCAUCCAUGUAUCCGAGACGCGGCAACGUUUUGAAGCCGGUGAACUUCACCCGUCAACACUACUCAUGUGCCCUCAUAGCUGUGUAAUUAAUCUCCCAAAACCACGCGAAGUUCAACCUGACAUUGGUCCAGCAUCGAUGCUCCUUGGUAAUCUCGUUCAAGGUGUUAGGAUAGCAGGAGCCCAAGGUCGUAAUCUAGGAUGUGAGGAUGACAUGAACCUCUUGGAAAUCCUCCGGUCGCGAGCUUCAUCGUCUCCAGACCACAGAUUAUUCACCUUGGUUACUGCAAAAAGUCCGGAGCAGGAUACGGCGACGUGUGCAAGCUUGCUGAAAAGAGCAGAGCGAAUUGGUGCUUUCCUCGUUGAGCGUGGUCAUCUUAAUGCUGGCGACCAUGUGGCGUUGAUUUUUUCACCGGGCAUCGACUUUAUUGCAGCCUUUUAUGGCUGCCUUGUAGCAGGUGUGGUUCCGGUAUGUAUUCGUGCACCAUCGGCAGCUUCUCUUCAAACGACUUUGCCAUCUGUGAGAAUGAUUGUAGAUGUGAGCAAAGCUGUAGCCAUAGUGUCAAAUAGUGCGGUUUGCAAGCUUCUGAAGAGUAAAGAAGCUGCCCAUCGAGUCGACUCGAAAGCCUGGCCAAUGAUUCUCGACAUCGAAGAUUCUCCUGCUUCAUGGAAACGAAAAGCCAACACUGAGAUCUCAGAAUCUUUACCAUCGGAUGCAUGCUAUUUGGACUUCUCAGUAAGCACAACUGGACAACUUGUUGGUGUAAUCGUAAGUGUUGGUGGUGCUUUGAGCAUGUGUAAAAGUUUAAAAGUGACCUGUGAGCUUUACCCUUCUCGCCAUAUAGCCCUUUGCCUGGACCCGUACUCCGGCCUUGGUUUUGCAUUGUGGUGUCUUUCAAGCAUCUACUCAGGUCACCAUACCAUACUCAUUCCACCGGCCGAGGUGGAAACUAGUCCAUCUUUGUGGCUGUCCACCGUUUCAACGUUGAAAGCUCGAGACACGUUCGCUACAUAUGGUGUUCUUAGUCUCUGCAUACAGGAACUAGCAUCCCAGGUGCCUACAUUGAAGGAGAGAGGAGUCAAUCUUGCAUGUGUUCGUACAUGUGUCGUUGUUGCCGAAGAGCGGCCACGUGCAACUCUGGUGAACGCAUUCUCCCGUCUUUUCGCACCACUCGGCUUGUCACCUCGAGCCGUGUCCACGUCAUUCGGAUGUCGAGUGAACGCUGCCAUAUGCAUGCAGGGAGCCUCAGGUCCGGAUCCAACGAGUGUUUAUGUGGAUGCCAGAGCAUUACGAAACGAUCGAGUUACGUUAGUUGGAAAAGGAGCACCUCAUAGCUUAUUGCUGAUGGAAAGCGGAAAGCUGCUACCUGGUGUGAAAGUAGUAAUAGCGAAUCCCGAGACACGUGGGCAGUGUGCUGAUUCACAUCUUGGAGAGAUCUGGGUAGGUUCUUUUGUCUCAUCUCCUCACAAUGCUGUUGGCUAUUUUACAGUAUACGGGGAAGAAACGAGCCUUCAUACCGAUCACUUCAACGCCCGCUUAGCCUUUGGAGACACCAUGACGAAAUUCGCUCGCACCGGCUAUCUUGGUUUCUUACGACAGACGCAGGCAAUAACUGAAGAUGGUGAACUGCAUGAUGCGGUGUUUGUCGUGGGAGCGCUUGAAGAAACACUGAUGCUCCGUGGAAUGCGUUAUCACCCAGUCGACAUCGAAUCCACAGUAUCCCGCUGUCACAAGCAUCUUGGAGACUGUGCGGUAUUCACAUGGAGUCAUUUGAUAGUUGUUGUUGCGGAAUGUACUGGAAGUGAAAUGGAUGCACUUGAUUUGGUGCCGGCUGUCACGUCAUCGGUCCUCGAAGAGCACUAUUUGAUAGUAGGCGUAGUGGUUGUUGUGGAUCCGAACACGAUACCAUUAAACUCUAGAGGCGAGAAACAACGCCAUCUACUUCGCGAGAAUUUUCUUCACGAUCAAUUGGAUCCGAUUUAUGUUGCUUACAAUAUGUGA